AGAGAGCGCGGCUGACAGCGCGAGGGAGCGAGUCAGCGAGCCGCAGUAAGCAGUAGCAGCAGCCGCAGAGCAGAGUCAGUCCGAGUGUUUGUGCGCGCGUCACCUCGAUACUUUGGCAAACUUCUGUCGCGAGGCAGCGAGCGUAUAGAAAAGUGCGCCUGUCGAUAAUCCGGAAGGAGCCGAGUUCCCUUCUUUCGCUGAUUCGCCAGACGAGCUAGAAGCCACUGCACGAAGAUGGUGUCCGGCGGCAUGGCCUGCGUCAAGUACCUGCUGUUCCUCUUCAAUCUCAUCUUCGCCAUAACCGGGAUCGUCUUCAUCUCGGUUGGCGCAGUCAUCCUCAUAGCAUACAGGGGCUACAGCAAUUUUGUGGACAUAUGGAUGUUCGCGGUGCCCGUCCUCAUGAUCAUCGUCGGCGUCGUCGUCUUCAUCACCUCGUUCUUCGGAUGCUGCGGCGCUGUCAAGGAGAACCACUGCAUGAUCAUUACGUUCUCAGUACUUUUGCUGUUGAUCUUCGCUCUCGAAUUGGGCGCUGGAAUUUCAGGAUACUUGAUGCGCAGCAAAGUCAGCUCUAUGCUAGAAAAGUGCAUGAACGACACGCUGGUUUCGUACAAGAAUAGACCCGACUUCCGCCAAUCAUGGGACAUUAUGCAACAUGAUUUGCAGUGCUGCGGCGUGCACAGCCCGCAAGACUGGGCGCGCGCUGGCUUUACCGGCAACACCCUGCCAAACUCCUGCUGCACCGAGAUUGCGGCUAACAACCCAACCUGCGACACCAACGACAUAAAGUCUAAUACCGAGGGAUGCAAGGCUCAGCUGCAGAAGAAGAUAGAGGAGAACGCGCUGAUACUAGGCGGGGUCGGCAUCGGCGUCGCUCUCAUACAGCUGAUCGGAGUGAUCUUCGCGUGUUGCCUGGCUCGCUCAAUACGUCGCGAGUACGAGACUGUCGAAACCACAGCGCACUGAUCAGCCACCGCUUAGGAGGCAUAUAAUCAUAAUCUUGUCCAUCAUGCAUUGAUAGAUAAGCAAAAAAAAUAAAUAAAUAAAUAGAAUCAUCGCGACCUUAGUCAUCUUCGAUACGCUUGUGAGUUCAUGGCAAUAUAUAUUAUAAAUAUUACUUAAAUGCAAAAAAUGCGAAAGCAUGGGAAAAAGAGAUGGUAUACGCGACAUCGCCCAAGAGAAACGACGUUCUUGCGACGCUCUCAACUGCCCACUCACUGAUUGAAUCAGCAAAAGCAAAUCAAAAAACUCAAACGAAUUACUGCCAGGUCAUCUGCCAAAAGUAAAAGAGCCGCGUCGAAAGAAAUCUUCGCAAGAGCAAGGGCCGCUGCUUUCCUCCUGCAUUAGGCAGAGCGAUGUGAUGUUGACGCUGACGAGCAAACAAUCGCGCGCGCGUCGUUUCUCUAUUCAUAGACGAACUACUCUGAGCGUCCGAUGACACAAUGGUGUUCACCAGCAGCAAGAGCAUCCAUACCUAUACCAAGGAGGAAUCAAGUGCGUCAUACAAUAAAGGAAGAGUUGCUAGUCGCGCGCCUCUCACAUCCGCAUGUAUGUAUGUAUGUGUUGCGAGAGCCUAAUAAUGACAAAUUCUCCCGCUGCCCCAAACCCUGUCAUCGCGAUCUUAUUCUAUUCUAAUGCGGUGAAUAAUUUAGGCUCGAUUAAAAAGAGUCAAAAACAAGCUUGCAGUGUUCUGUCGUACAAAAAAAAAGAAAAGAAUUAUGAGAAAACGCUACGGAGGAUGUGAACCAAUUGCUAUUUUAUUGCGUAUUAUAUUAUACUUUGUGUAUCGAUAUCAUAAAUAGUUUUUUAGGAUUUUUUUUUCUGUUUACUGCGAGUUGAUCAGAUGAUCCUGUAUCUCUCUCGGUGUCAGACGAAUGAUGCGUUAGUCUGAAGUAAAGAUUGCGCGGAAAUUGAUCAAAAGUGUACGUUUAACUGUUACGUAUAUUUAUGUAGGUACUCGUGUGUAAUUUUUCCUUUAAACAAAUAUCGAAACUCGUCGAUACUGAAAUCCUAAAUUGUGCAGCGGCGAUUCUCACCGAGACACACUUUCCGCUCAAUAGAAUAGUAGUAGAAAAAACCGUGAAAUUUGCGUCUAUUAUUAUAAUUGAUUAAUUUUAAUUAACUGUAUCUGCUAUCAAAGUGUUGUAAGGCCAGGGUGCCUGCGCUUAGCCUGGUCUUGAUUGGAGAGAAUGCUAUCCGUACUACGAUCAUAGUGAUACCCUCUUUGUUUUUAUCGAUGUAGGUAUAUUAUUAUACUUGCGUUGAUAACUCUGCGCCUCUCUAUACCUCAUGUUAUCAUACGAUCGACACCGCAUUGCGCAUAUGUAGCGAUUAAAGAAAAAGACGAUGAACGGGUGUGUCGUUCGAACGAGGAAAGUCGACGUCGCAGAAAGUAGAUAAUGACUUCGUCAUUUCUCGGGACUACUCGCAGUUCAGUUUUGCCUUCGCUCUCUAAACCUCAAAUAUAAAAAUGAAAACGAAAGCUCUCUAUUCGUCUCUAUACUUGUGCAUCUUAAUAUUAUAAAGUAUAGUGCUCUAUUUACAAUUCUCGGACGUUUUAAAAGCAAAGAUUUUCGUCUAUAAUAUUGUGCACGAGUAUGUGUAUACAGUGCACGCUCUUAUUAUUGUCUCUUUCUCUCUCUCGUUGUGUCGUGGGGACCAUAAGAAAGUGAGUCCUUUUAGGCUUCUGUCGAUUGUUGUGAUACACCCUUCGCUGUGACUAAACUACUACGGAUAGUGAGGACGAUGACGAUAGUGCGUUUAUUAGUUGUAAAAAAGCAGGAUAAAGUAACGAGGGAGAUCGAAAAAGAAAAUAAAGCGUCGUACUUCAGUCCCGUCUGUGAAGUCGCGGUUGCGGUGUCGGUCGUCGAGGUUUGCGAGGCCUGUGCGGUCCCUUUGUAAUUUUCCCGUUGCGAGUACACCCAUAUCGUCUAUGGAGUUGUCGUCAGAGUCGUCCCCGCUCGAAACUGCGAAACUCCGCAUUUUGCGCCCAGUUGCAUUGCUUUGCUCGAAUAUGAAGUUUACGAUUGUAAUAACGAAACUUGAUAACUACAUACUUGGGAGUGUGCCUAACGCAUAUUGAAGAAAACAAAAUAAUGAUUAUUGUUGUAAUAAUUAUUGAUAAAAAAAGUGAAAAAUGUAACGUAUAUUGUAUAUGUCAUUAUAUUGCAUAAAGUGUAGAGAAAAGAAAAUAACAAAAUAUUUAGCUGUAAUUCUGGUAAUUAUACUUCGCCGUAACGCUUACUUCAAGAAUUGUAGCACUUGUCCAAAGUUCGCUCCUUAUAUCGUGCAUAGUUAUAUUAAUUAAGGCUUUUCCGUUUUGUCGCUGGUUUGUUUUAGUAGACACUUCAGUUCAGCUUUAAUCACGUGCUCAACAUAUUUAUAAAAUGCAUAAUGUAAUGCGUAAUAAUAUGUAAACUUAUUAUUAUAAUUAUUACCAGGCCCUUGAACUGCUAAGAAAUUACAAAAAGUUUUUGAAUAAUGAGUAAAAAACACAAAGCUUUAAACUAAAGUAAAUAAAAAGAAACAACAAAGACUGAUGAAAGAUUAAUUGUAAUCAGUAUUAACAGCCAUUGGCAUAUUCAAAUAAAUAUGAAGAUAAAAGAAGAAUAUAAGAAUUAUAUACUAUUUAAAUUUGUAAGAAAAUCUAUUUUGGCUGCCUAACGCAAUUUUUGUAAUUCACUCUGUAAGUGUAUAAAUUUGGUGAAAAGACUGAAUUGGUUGGAGAAUUGAACAAUUGAACAAAAAGAAGAAAAACGGAAAAUCAAUCAAUGAGUACACCGAAAAAAAAAAAAAAAAAAUAAGAAAACGCAAA